GCAGUUCUUACUGUAGUAUUGAGGCACUUAGCAAUCCAACUAACAAUACGGUACCAAAAGCGACAUACAGCACCACGAGCAAUCUCAAUUACCGAUUGAAACUUGGCAUCAUGUCUUCCACCAUCAACACCGUCGCUGUCCUCGGUGGUACAGGCAACCUAGGCACCCACAUAGUCCGCGCCCUCCUAGUCGGCGGUUUCACCGUGACCAUCCUCACCCGCCCCGGUUCCACCUCCCCGCGCCCUUCAUUCUCCCCGUACACCGUCCCGUUCACCGAAGUCGACUAUUCCUCCCCUUCCUCUUUGCGAGAUGCAUUCCAAGGCCAAGACGCCGUGGUCUCGGUCCUGGCUACCGCUGUGGUGCAAGAGCAAAAGAAGAUUAUCGAUGCGGCCGUCGAGGCCGGGGUGAAGAGAUUCGUGCCGAGCGAGUUUGGGGUGAACACGCGCAAGGCAGGGAUCGAAAAGACGAGGAUUGGGGAGUUGUUGGCGGGGAAGAGGGGGUUUGUCGAUUAUUUGAUUAGUAAAGAGGGAGAUGGGAUUAGUUGGACUGGGUUGUCGACGGGGUUGUUUUUUGAUCCGGUGCAUGUGUUGUCGAAUGGACUUGGUGGAAUUGACAUUAAGAACGGCAAAGCAACAAUCAUCGACUCCGGCACCGAACCCUGGCCCGCUUCCUUAAGGUCUCAUGUCGGCCGCGCCGUCUCGGAAAUCCUGCGCCACCCCGACCUCACCAGGAACCAGUACCUCUCCACGGCCUCGUUCAACGUGUCGCAGAACCAACUGCUCAAAAUCGUCGAGGAGCUGACGGGUAAGAAGCUGGAGGUUGCUAAUGUCAGCUCGAAGGAUAUUUUCAAGCAGGGCGAGGAGAAGUUGAAGAGGGGGGAUUAUAGCGCGUUUGUGGAGUUUUUGAAGGUCCAUUUUCUGGCGGAUGGGGCGGGGAAUGCUCUGGGAGAGGAGGAGAGUGCGAAUGAGAAGUUGGGAUUGGUGACGGAGGAUGUUAGGGCGGUCGUGAAGGGGUAUUUGGAGGGGGAGGGGUUGUUGGCUGCUUGA